UAAGAGGCGGAGGUGCGCAACACGUGAUGCUCACAUUUCCAACCACAAUCCAACGAACGUUGUUGGUGGCUUCCGCCGUCCUUGAUAAUGCUGCCAGCUCCAUUUCCUGUUAAAUAUUUGAUAUCUGAGUCCCUCAACAAGGUUGGACAAGGACAGCAAGUCUACUCGUAACAACAAGCGUGUGUAAAGAUGGGCCGUAGUAGUCGAAGACAACGACGAGAGAAAGAGGAGCAUGAUGAUUCCGAUGACAACGAGGACGAACAAGCGUACACCUACACACUGAUGCCAGACACCAAGUCCCCCUUUUCCUGCUGUUGCAUCUGCUACAGAUACCUACUAGACAUAUGCAUGGUCCUGGCAUUGGCUCCGUUUGUUGUCAACUGCAUACUCGAAGCCAUUAUACAUCUGAUAACGUUCGACUGGAAGAACAUAACGUGGGGGAAAUCCAUUCUGGCAAUCUUGGCCGUUUCAAUUUGGUUUGGACUGGCGGCUUUUGGAGUCUUGUGCUGCAUCGCCGUUAUGAGAAAAGGUGUGUUCACAAGGAGGCUUCGACAAAAACGAAAGGACGAAGAUGAGGCCGAACGGCUGGCAAAAUCACAAUCAGAGAUAGCCGAGACACCGGAUGAUGCAAUGGCAUGAUAGAGACCUGCACCCAGAAUCGACUCGACUCGACUCGAAUACGGGUGGACAGGAAAACCUUCCUGAUGAUACCUAUUCCGACUUGAUUCGAUUCAACUCAUGUCGUCGAUGCGGCAAGGAUAUCAGAGCUGAUAUUAUUUCAAAAGGCUGGACCUUGGUACCCACAGCUCUGGAUGGUUCAAGACCGCAUAAACGCACCACAUCUGUAUUUAGAAUUUUCAUAUAUUUUUUAACAUUAGCAAAUAAUUACUCUUCC